AAUAUAAUUUAUGCAAAAUCUGAUGGAAUAACUAGUCUUAAAGUUAUGACUAAAUUCUAUGUAUAUUUUUUUUACCGAUAUUUCAAACAAAGUGAUGCUUAAACACUCGAGAUUGGUUUUUCCCGGUAUUGUUAAUUGUUAUCUCAAAUCUUAAUACGUGAAGUGCUAUAUAAGUAAUAACAAGUACUGACUUUGUAUUAGAAGUGGAUUUUAUAUUCCGAGUGGGUGAACGCAGAAAAAAAUCACUUAUAUUUACUGUGCAAAGAAUUUAAACGAAUAAAAUGAUGUGUGACAAAGAAAAUUAAAUAAUUUUUUUUAUAAAAUUACCUGUUUGAAAAUGACUUAAUAGACUGUUUUCCAUAUAUAGGAAAUAUUUAGUUAUAGAAAAUGUCUUCAACACUAUUCGAAUAUUUUCUCGAUUUCCUCAAAGAGGACGUAUUGAAUGGUGAUGUACCAGAAAUAUUUAUAUAUGAAGAAAUUUUAAAGACUUCCCAAUCACAUUCCGUUCACACUUACAAUGUAUAUACCAUUAAUGGUGAAACUUUUACCGAGAAAACAGAUUUUAAUGAACUAAAAGAGUUUUCUAUAGUAUAUAACAAUGAAGACGAAGAAUACCCAAUUGACUUGAUAGUAAAAGGUGACAGAGUUUUAAUCAAUUCUGCAAUAUUGCUGAAUCAAAAUCAGUGGAAUACCAUAACAGAUGAUAACAAAUGCCACGUGUGCGGUGUGGCCGUCCAAGAUAUUAAUGGCCACAUCUCAUCGGCACGGCACAAAUAUAACUUAGAUAGCUACAAGCCAUUGAAGAUAUUCGAUCUACACAUCACAAGAAAGAUUGGCGAUUAUAAUCAUUGCGCUGUAUGCAACAGUUUAUACGAUGCGAGGGACCACGGUAAACAUGUAGAUAGCGAAAUACACUUAGAGAGGAUGUUGUAUGCGACUAACCGCGCUGUAGAUGUCACGAAUGACAUUGACGGGACCGAUGUCACUUCUGACAGCGUCAGCUAUGACACGAACCCUGUGUGUGACACGGAAAGCGGUUUUAACAGCGAAAAUACUGAUCUGUGUGACACUGAUCCUGGCAGUGAUAACGUACGGUCGUAUGCAUCGGUUCUGAAACAGACUACGAAAAAUAAUAUACCGCUAUAUAUAGAUUUUGUCUGUGAUAACAUCAAAUGGAAAGUCCCUUACGACACGUAUCACACGCUACUUAAAAUGAACAAACAAUUUUAUUGCAUGUUUUGUACGACAUUUUUCAAUUUACGAUCAAAAAUUGUACACUGCACCUCGUCGGAGCACCUAAGGAAGGUGGAGACGUGUGAAGCGUCCGACGCUGGCGGGCAUUUAGUGCGACGGGUAACAUCGAGAUUUUAUCAUUGCGGUACCUGCAAUAACCUCGUCAUACCCUGCGAACUAGAAUUACAUUUAAAGAAACACGAAAAUAAAAAUAUAUAUACCAAAAACACGUUUAAAUGUAAUUCAGGAACGAAUGUAAAUAAUGAAAUUGUAAAUGAUGAAACGAAACGCACAAAUGAUUUGGAUGAAACGAAAGUUAUUGCUAUAAAAGAGAGAAUAAAUAAUACUAUGGCUGAAAAUAGAAAUAUACUGGAAAGGAAUAAGAUAAACAAUACGAUUUCUAUGCAAUAUUUAGUUAUAAAUCGCUUCUUAUGCGAUUUUCGCUUGAACUUUAUGUCCUAUCACACGGUAAUAAGGACUGGGUUUAGUUUCGUCUGCGCUCUAUGUGAUGUUGUUGUUUGCGACAUAAACCACCACGUCCGGGAUCUGACACACGUGCUCAGCCUCCAAAACGCGAUAUUCCAGCCAAGCCUCGGUAUAAACCUCAUAAGAAUGGUACGUGAGUAUGCUCACUGUGCUAUAUGCAACGUGGUUUUAAAUAUAGUAGAUAUUCACGCGCAUGUUGUAAACCAAUAUCACGUUACUCUCCUUCAUAACGCGAUAAUUCAUCCUUUCCCGCCAAAUAAUUAUGCCAACACUGUGCAUGUACCCGUGAAUAACGUGCCAGUUAUGCCACACCCGUUUGGCAUUAACAAUAGGAUGCCAAACAUGCCAGCGUACCAUCACACCACGAAUAAUAUGACUGGAAAUUUUUAUAAGACAGUAAAUACUGAAAACUUUAAUACAUCAAUAAAGAAAAACGUAUCGAGACACGAAGAAUCGAACGCCUUAAAAAUUGUUGACACAGCAAACGAAGAAACUAAAUCGACAGCAUCAAAAGAAUUGAUCGGCGCGAGAAAUAGAAAUGACAUAAUCGAUACGUCACAUAUGUCAAGCGAAAAUACACUUGACAUGAGCACAGACGAAACGAGAACUGACGUUGUAAAUGUGACGAAUUCAAAUACUAGUAUAAUGGAUGAUAAAGAAUAUGAAUCGAGACUGUCAAACGAUACUUUGUAUAUAAGAAAUAGGAAUGACGUGAUCGGAAUGUCACAAAUGACGUACAAUAGCUUGGUUCGCACCGGCGAUGGCAAGAGAUACUGUUUCGUGUGUUCGAUUAAAAUUACGUUAUCCAUAGAAGAGCACGUGGAAUCUGAACGACACGCCGAUAGAAUGAAGGAAUGCAAGUUUAUUGCGGAAUACGGAAAGAAUUUAUUGAGACAGGUAAAGAAUAACUAUCAUUGCUCCAUCUGCAAUGUUUUAUUUCCAAACACUGUUAUCAAUGAACAUAUAAAUUGGUCCGUGCACAUUGAAAGAAAAAAAUGGCUUUUAUACGACAAAAAUGUACACAAAAAUACAAUCGCAGCAGCUUUUAGGGACGGAGAUGGCGAUUUUGAUAUCGAGGAUGGCAUAAAAAUAUUACUGAACGUGAAAUCCGGUGUUAAAAAGUCCAAAAAUAUAGGCGGUUACGUGAUCUUUUUGCAUGGGGAUAAGAAAUUAAUGAACGUAACGUUUGAUGCGUACCACGGUUUAAAUAUAAAGAAUAGGUCACACUGUAACAUAUGCGGCGAAUACUUCGCCGACAGAGAUUUACAUUUAGAGGAAGAAUCACACAUACAAGCCUUGGAGACGCCGCUCGAGGUGGAGUACUUACCGUCGUGCUACAGGAAGGUAAAAGAUGGGACAUUGAAUUGCGUCACGUGUAAUACAAAUUUCCCAAAUACAAAAAAAAAUAUCAAACAACACACGAGUGGGAAGGGACACGAAGAGAAUUACUCGCGCUUGAUGGAAGACGCAUUUACUAUUGUUUAAAUGUAUAUAUAUAUAUAUAUAUAUAUAUAUAUAUAUAUAUAUGUAUAAUAUAUUAUAUAUAUAUAUAUUUCUCUAAGUCUCCCGUUUAUUUUACUUAAUAUAUAAUAAAUCAAUCAAUAUUUCUUCAAUAUGAUCCUUUCUUUCUACUUAUUUACGUUUAUUAACUUUCUUUUACUAUUUAUCUUAUAUAUAUAAAUACUAUUACAAUAAUAUGAGACUCGUAAUUAAUGGAGUACAUUUAUUUGACGAACCGUGUCAUUUAUGACGUGUGACAUGAACCGCGUCACAUGUGACAUGGCCAUGAAUGUUGUAGGAAAUAAUGAGAAUAAUGUAAUUAUAAUGAACAUGAUGUGAUAAUAAAAUACAUUUAAGGUUAUUUA